AUGUCAACUGCACGGCAGACGGCACCAAGCAGAGACGGGGCGGGAAGCACUGCGACUGCCGCCAACGUUCAGGAGAAGACUACUCGGGGGUCUCAGGCAAAUGGCCAGCGUCGCGUUCGCUUCAAUGUCGGAGCGUAUGGCGUCGUCGUCUCGGCGAUUCAUCGCCCCACGAACAGCAAGGUGGCCAUCAAGAAGAUUGCGCCCUUUGAUCAUUCCAUGUUCGCGUUGCGGACACUGAGGGAGCUCAAGCUACUGAAGUACUUUGCAGAGGAGGGCGUUAGUGAAAACACAUCAUCCCCCCCGCGUCCUAUGAUGCGUUCAACGAAGGAGCUCCUCGAGACCGACCUCCACCGUGUGAUCCGAACCCAAGAUCUGACGGACGAUCACUGCCAGUACUUUAUCUAUCAGACGUGUCGGGCAAUCAAAGCCCUGCACAGCGCGGAAAGUGCGUGCUUGAAACAAAGAGCAACGUUGACCCCAGUUAUUCAUCGAGAUCUGAAGCCUUCAAAUCUCCUGCUGAAUGCGAACUGCGAUCUCAAGGUGUGCGACUUUGGACUCGCGAGAAGCACUCAGACUGCGUAUCCGAAAGAGCAAGGUUUCAUGACCGAGUUCGACCCUCGGAAGCGAUACACUGUCGACCAGUGCCUGGAGCACCCGUAUCUGGAGGCUUACCACGAUCCUGAGGACGAGCCGACCGCAAAGCCUCUGGACCCCCACUUUUUCGAGUUUGACCUCAUGAAGGAUGACAUGGAUCGCCAGCAGCUGAAGCAGCUGCUGUAUGAGGAGGUGGUUUCGUUCAAGCGCCCUCUGUAG